AUGGUACGUAGCUCGUUCUCUGGGGAGAUUAAGGUGGAAGGGGGCGGGCCAUGGGGGCCGGCGGAAAGGGCGGGGGGAGGGGUGGAAGGGGAGGCGGAGGGUGGGGGUGUGGGGAGCAGCCGCGGGCGGGGGAUUGCAGAUGCUGCUGCGGCGCUGCGGAGCAUAUGGGCGGAGGAGGACAUGGAGGGGGUUGAAAUCGAGGGGAUCGAGUGGGCAGGCGCAGGGGGGGGCGCAGGGGGGGAAGCGGGCGGAGGGGGAAGUGGAGGCGGGGGGGUAGGAUGGGAAGGGUUGUUGCUAGAGUCCCUGGGCAGAGCGGGAGCAGCAGCAGCAGGAGGAGGAGCAGGAAGGGGAGCAGCAGGGGGCCGGUCAAGAGGCAGAGGCAGUGCACGAGAGGACCUAGGAGGCGGCCUGAUUCUCGAAUCCCUAAGCAGUUUCAGCAGCGCGCGCGCCAAUGUGUGCGUCUACUCGGGCAGGUGGCAGUACGAGGCGACUCUAGGCUCCUCCGGCAUUCAGCAGAUUGGCUGGGCGACAUUGGCGUGCCCGUUCACGGCAGAGGAGGGCGUGGGGGACGCGCCUGACUCGUAUGCUUUUGAUGGGAAGAGGGUGCGGAAGUGGAGUGGGUGGUCCGCGCACCCCCCAUCGAGCCUGCCAUUCCGAACCUGUCCGCUAGGCCCGGAUGACGAGGUUCUCCUGGCGGAGCUCCUGUGUGAGAGGCUCGGGCCGUUGCUGCUGGCAGGGGGGGCACGAAUGGAGGUGCAGAGACAGAUGGGGAGGAGGGCGGGGGAGGGCAAAGGAGGGGGGGGAGUGGCAGAGGGUGUGGGGUGGGUGCGAGGGGGGUAUGCUGUAUGGGCCUCCCUGCUGCCUCUACUCCUCCAACUGGCGCCCAGACAGGGGCUAAACACAGGUGGGGGGAAGCAGGGUGCAAGCAGACACAGUCCACAGCAGCAGCAGCAGCAGCAGCAGCAGCAGCAGCAGCAGCAGCAGCAGCAGCAGCAGCAAAAGCAGCAAGGGUGGAGGAUGGUGGACGGAGUAAUGGACUCGCUUCACCUGUGUCUGGAGGACCAUGAGUGGUCCGGGAUCAUCCCGGCCCUCAUGGACGCCCUAGCCUUCCACUCCCGAACCUCCCUCGUAGGUUCGGCUGCGUUCACAGUGCCGAACCUAGCCGGUGCAGGAGCAGAAGCAGUUUCCGGCUCGGGAAAACCCCCAGAGGUUUGGCAAGAGGGGCGGGAUCCGUACCUGUACCUAUCCCUGGCCUGCCACUUAGCUAAGCGACAGGAGGUGCUAAGCGCAUGGUGGGCAGCAGACGGAUUCUCCUCCAAUCUAGAGGCAUUCUUGACCCGCAGAGUAGCCACAAGGGUGGAUCUGCAGAGGCUGUUUCCCUCGCUGUGGUGGGCUGGCUGUAAGGAGGACGACUGCAGCGAAGCAGGCUUGGAAGAAAGCAAGAAGGCACUUGUGAAGGCAACGUCUAGGGUGGAGCUCUGCCAAGUGUCGCUCUGCCGCUCUCUCCUCUUCUUUGUACCCUCUAAGAGCAUGACCGGGGCUUCGUCGACUUAUUCGCUUGCAACUGGCGGCGUGCUUGCACCGUUUCUGAGGAGCCUGAUCCGCAAGAACCGGGCGGCGAACAGGAAUAUUGUGCCGCCCGGGCUCUCGGAUAGUAGCGUGCUGGUGACGGCGUUUUUUGUCCUCUUGCGGCUGUUGUGGGCGGGGCUGGUGGGCCGUGGAGGCGGGAAACUGCAGAAGACAAAGAGAGCUGGGGUUUUAAGAGGGUCACAUGUCUUAGUAGAAUCAGGGAGUGGAAGAGAGGGAGAAGCAGAGGGAAUGGAGGUUGAUUUUGAAAAAGGAACGUCAGGGAGGGAGGGUAGGCGGGUGGGGAAGGUAGAGAGGGAGGGAUGGGAAGUGGAGGAAGAGGAGGAGGAAGAGGAGGAGGAGGAGGAGGGGGAAGAGGAAGAGGAGGAAGAGAGCGAGGAAGUAUCAAUGCUUCCGUGGCCAAGAACCCCCUCUGGGGCCAUUAGGAGCAGCUGGAGGGAGCGACAAGAGGCAAGCAGUGCCUUGGAUAGCAGCAGCAGCAGCAUAGCAGCUACUACAGCCACUGCCACUGCGGGCACCAGCACAGGUGCCACCAGCACUGCUGCCAUCCCUGCAGGGGGUUACCUGCAGCGCCACGGGCGGUGGAAGUUUCCUGUGCCCUUAUUCCUGCACCCGGAUUUGCAUUACUUUGACUUGCCACGCCUGGGCGGGCUCUUUAGCCACGUGGCCAAGACCUUCCCCCUCUCCGCGCCGCAGGACUUUGCCAGCGUGACAUGGACUGAUGAUGACGUGGAUGAUGAUCAUUGGGCGGCGGGAGAGGAGGGGGAGGAGGAGGCGGGUGGGGGAACGGGGGAGAGGAGAAGGGAGGAGCGGGGGACGGGGGGAGGAGGUACAGGGGAAGGAGGGGGAGCAGGCGGGGGGAGGAGAGCAGAGGGGGUGCAAGAGAGGGAAAUGGGAGGAGGGAGGAGUGAGGGGGAUGGAGAACGUGAGGGGGAGGAGAGGGUUGAGGAGAAGGCGGAGAGGGGGAAGGGGGAGGAGGAUGAGAGGGAGGUGCUGCUGCUGGACAUGGCCGUGCUGCUGUUCCACCUCAGGGGCGUGGGUGCCUUCAAACAGGCGGCGCUGCAGCAGCAGGGCAUGGUGCAGGCGGUGGCACAGCUGGAAGAUGCGGACAGGCAGAUCGCCGCUGCCAUGGGGGGGCGCACGGAGGGAGCUGCGACAGACGGAGAGGCAGGCGCAGUGGCGGCGACAGGGUCAGGGUCGGUGGCGGGGGCGGGGGCGGGGGCGGGGACGGGGGCAGGGGCAGGGGCAGGGGCAGGGGCAGGGGGGGGGGGGGCGGGGGCGGGGGCGGCGGCAGGAGUAAGGAGAGUGGCAGGGGAAGAAGAGGGGGCUGUCGUGGGUGCUGCAGGCACUGGUGCAGCAGUAGGGGCGGAGGCACCCGCUGUGACAGCAACAGUGGGACUUGUUGGAGCACCGGGGGGAGGUACAGCUGCGGCUGCAGCCAGGGGAGGUACAUCCAGGGGAGGUACAUCCAGAGUGGGCGUGGGAGGGUCAGUGCGGGCGCAGCAGCUGAGGGAGGCGAGACAGGUGUUCCGAGAGGACGUGGAUGAGAGUGUGAGGCUUGCAGUGUGGUGGAGAGCGGUGCUGGGCGGUGCUGCGUGGAAGCAGAGGGCGCUGGUGGGGGUGAGCAGGAGGGUGGGCUCGCUGCUGCUGGCUGCCAGCAAGAGGGGCCACAUCUUUGCCUACGUGCCAGAGGUCUAUUUGGAAGCAAUGAUCGAGGCCUUCCAUGCCUUCAGGCGCUGCGACCCGCCACUCUUCCGACUCCGCCACUCCGUGCAUCACCUCGCUCCCUUCGUAAGCCCGACAACAUCCAUCAGGCUUGACCCUCUUACCACCUGCACCUGCACCUGCACCUGCACCGGCAUGGUUGCACCGGCAUGGUUUCACCUGCACCUGUACCUGCACCGGCAUGGUUGCACCGGCAUGGUUGCACCGGCAUGCCCUCUCACCCUGAUCCCCCUCUUCGAAUCUCCAUCCCGUUACCCGACUUUCUCGCUCUUGCGCAUACCCCUCCUUCUGUCUUCAAGACAUACCCCUCCUUCUGUCUUCAAGACAUACCCCUCCUUCUGUCUUCAAGACAUACCCCUCCUUCUGUCUUCAAGACAUACCCCUCCUUCUGUCUUCAAGACAUACCCCUCCUUCUGUCUUCAAGACAUACCCCUCCUUCUGUCUUCAAGACAUACCCCUCCUUCUGUCUUCAAGACAUACCCCUCCUUCUGUCUUCAAGACAUACCCCUCCUUCUGUCUUCAAGACAUACCCCUCCUUCUGUCUUCAAGACAUACCCCUCCUUCUGUCUUCAAGACAUACCCCUCCUUCUGUCUUCAAGACAUACCCCUCCUUCUGUCUUCAAGACAUACCCCUCCUUCUGUCUUCAAGACAUACCCCUCCUUCUGUCUUCAAGACAUACCCCUCCUUCUGUCUUCAAGACAUACCCCUCCUUCUGUCUUCAAGACAUACCCCUCCUUCUGUCUUCAAGACAUACCCCUCCUUCUGUCUUCAAGACAUACCCCUCCUUCUGUCUUCAAGACAUACCCCUCCUUCUGUCUUCAAGACAUACCCCUCCUUCUGUCUUCAAGACAUACCCCUCCUUCUGUCUUCAAGACAUACCCCUCCUUCUGUCUUCAAGACAUACCCCUCCUUCUGUCUUCAAGACAUACCCCUCCUUCUGUCUUCAAGACAUACCCCUCCUUCUGUCUUCAAGACAUACCCCUCCUUCUGUCUUCAAGACAUACCCCUCCUUCUGUCUUCAAGACAUACCCCUCCUUCUGUCUUCAAGACAUACCCCUCCUUCUGUCUUCAAGACAUACCCCUCCUUCUGUCUUCAAGACAUACCCCUCCUUCUGUCUUCAAGACAUACCCCUCCUUCUGUCUUCAAGACAUACCCCUCCUUCUGUCUUCAAGACAUACCCCUCCUUCUGUCUUCAAGACAUACCCCUCCUUCUGUCUUCAAGACAUACCCCUCCUUCUGUCUUCAAGACAUACCCCUCCUUCUGUCUUCAAGACAUACCCCUCCUUCUGUCUUCAAGACAUACCCCUCCUUCUGUCUUCAAGACAGGAAAAAACCCCAUUUUACACUCCCACUCUCUAAUGCCCUGUCCGUGCAUGUGUGUAACCCUCUCUCGCAGAUAUCUUUCCUGCUCACGCGGUUCAGCGAUGCAAGGAUCGCCAAUCCAGACACCAGAGACCAGCUGCUGCAGACGCUCUCCGUGCUGCUACAGCUGCCGCCCUUCUCCGUCGCACUAGAGACAAACAAGGCCGCCCGCACAUGCUUCAUGCCCAGCCUUCUCAACGCAUUUGACCAGCGCUUCUGGAUACCCGUCUCUCAGGUAUUUCCUCAGGGGGGAGGGGGCCGGGAAAAAGGGGAGAAGGCUCUAGAAGGGGGUGAAGCAGGAGGAGCAGCAGCAGCUGCGGGAGGAGGAGGAGAGGGAGGAGAAGGAGGAGGUGAAGGAGAGAUGCAAGGAGUUUCAGGAGGAGAAGAGGGGAGCAGGGCCAGGGUGGAGCUAGUCACUCAGGGCGAGGGAGAGGGAGGAAGAGAGUCCAUUGAAGCUGAAGGAGAAGCAAUGACAGCACUUGCACCUGCCACCACUCCUGCUUCCUCCACAUCCCCUGCGCCGUCUGCAUCCUCUGCUCCCUCUGCAUCUGACUGCUCUCUCGAUCCUGAGAUGAACCGCAUGCGGCUGUUUGAGCUGCUGCUCUUCAUCCUCAACCACACGUGCUCCGGUGCUGAUGCACGCGCUCUUGACGGACCGCUCCUCCCUCUCCAUGGUGCUCGCUCUCUUCAUGUGCAUCAUUUCCCUGCCUUCCUCCCUCCCUUCCUCCCUCCCUUCCUCCCUCCCUUCCUCCCUCCCUUCCUCCCUCCCUCCCUUCCUCCCUCCCUCCCUUCCUCCCUCCCUCCCUCCCUCCCUCCCUCCCUCCCUCCCUCCCUCCCUCCCUCCCUCCCUCCCUCCCUCCCUCCCUCCCUCCCUCCCUCCCUCCCUCCCUCCCUCCCUCCCUCCCUCCCUCCCUCCCUCCCUCCCUCCUUACCUCCCUCCACUUCCCUCUGCCUCCCUCUCUCACUCCUCAACUGCAGUGUCCUGCAGGACCACGUGUCCCCAUCCGACCAAUCAUCGCGCCCCAUGGUGCUCGCCCCCCUCGUGGGCAUCAUAGGCGGCCUGUUCUCGCAUGCUCAGCGGGCCAAUGGGACCGCGCCAGCUGGCAUGGUGCGGUCGGUGCUACAGGCAGACCCUUCCCUUGACUGUCUGGCCGGGCUGGAGUUCCUGCUGGGGUUCGACUGGGUGAGUGGGGAGGGGAAUGUGGGGCGGAAUGGGAAAGCUAGUGGGAGGGUGAGGGAAGAGAGUGAGUUCAGCAGCCCACCAUCAGCGUGCCUGGCGGAUCUGCGCCUCUUUGUGGAGCAGCUCAGGCGGGAGCAGGCUGCUCGCAAGGCGGCAGCAGAGGCCGCUGCUGCUGCUGCCGCUGCAGGUCGCGGGAAGAAGGGCAAAGAGCACAUGCAAGAGCAAGGCACCACCGCAGAGGGGAUGGAUGGUGCUGCUGCUGGUGCUGGUACAUGGGAGGGGGAAGGUGAGGAGGAGGAGGAGGAGGAGGAGGAGGAAGAGGGGGAGAUGUGCAGCAUAUGCUACGCGGCUCCCAGUGACACCCAGUUCAUCCCCUGUGGUCACUCCUCCUGUGAGCGCUGUGUGGCACGGCACCGCCUCAACAGCCCCCGCUGCUUCUUCUGCAAUGCUGUGAUCGAGCGACUGGCAGCAAUAAGUUGA